ACUCCUUACCAAAAUGAAGCGGGCAGUUAGUACUAAACAGUCGAAUGCUGAAUAUUCCAUUUGAACUUUUGAGUUGGAGACAGUGAAGCUGCACGAAUGUGAGGCACUCGUACAUAUUUUAUUAAAAUAUGCGCACCGCGGGCCAAAGCGAUGCACAGUAGCCGGGCUCAGUUGAAAAGCGGCCGGUGGGCGGAACGCGGCAGUGCCGCCGUAGUGUUUCUGUGUUGUUUUUCUCGCAUUUCCGAGUGGUUUGGCAAGCCGAGUUGCUCAGUCUCUCUGCCGCUCAUGCCUCGCCUUCUCGCCCGUCUCUGACCGGCCGCCACGAAAACUUCACUGAAGUUUCCGGGCGAGGAAGGGAGGCCCGUGAGGAAGAGUAAAAACAAAACAAUGCGAGCGAAACGUCAUUCCGCAUCGCUAGGCCUAACCAACGCUACCCGUCUGCGCUGUGUCGUCUGCCAGGGGUCGUAGCUACGAUCCUCUCCGCGAACGAAAGAAAAGGAGUUCACUGGUCAAAGUCGGCGUGGGCACGGCUGGAGCCGAGGCCGGAGCCCAGGCGCGGGCGAGAGCCCCCUUACCUCUCGAAGCCUGACGUCAUGAAACGCACCAGCGGCGCCGGGGCGGACGACUUUGAUGGCCGGUCGCCAUGAGCAAGCCUCCGAAGACAGCGAGCAAAUGGAUGCCCACCUCCGUGGCGGUGCCCAAGAUACUGACCAUAGCUGAGGAGCUAAGUUGCUCCUGCGGCCAGACCGAGUCGGGCUCGCUGGGAAGCGGAAGGAAGUCGUACUCGAGCCGGUCGCGGAGCUCGGACCCUACGAGACCGACGGUCGCCGCGGGACCCAUCCACCGGUACCCGAUCAGCGACUUGGGAUCUGCCAGGAGGAGGGGCGGCGGUGGUGGCGCGGCGGUCGCGCUAGAGGACUUCGACGGCGUCGAGGACAUCUUGGCCGUCAGAGCGUGUGGAUCUCCUCUCGAAGACACAGCGAGUCCCUAUAGCACAGGACCUUACCUGCGUUGUAGCCGCAGCUGAAUAGGCGAAAAAAAGUUCUGCCCUCGGCCGAAGACCAGCCUUGUUCUUCCUCAUUUUGUACUACUACUUUUACAUACACACUUAUACAUUACGAAGAGCCUGUUUCUCUCUCUCUCUCUCUCUCUUAAUAUAUAUAUAACUUAUAGAGCAGCGGAAUAGCCCUAGCUAUCUUUGUUGAAUUUGAAAUAAAUUGAAUGAUCUGUCAUUUUUUAGUGUUAUGUUACCAUGCAAAAACCGUGUGUGUUUGUACCACCGUUUCAUUUAAUUGAGGACGAUAGGAUCGUUGAAACUGCCAAAAAGCAGCUUUCUCCCUUCAUUCCGUCCUUUUUUUUUUUUUUACAGCACCCUUCUCUUUCCUCCGGAAUUCCCCCAGUGAACUGCCCAAUUCGUAGCUCGUGUCUUGUUUGAAUAACAACUACUACAACGACGGCGACGAAAGAUGACCGUCAGCCGGUGUUACGAGCUUCAUUCGUCCUGAUAGCCCGAUCAGGUGACAGGCCUUUUGCACCGCUGUAUAAGCAGAGUGGUGGCUGAUUGCGCCACCUCAUUUGCAGCUCGGGCGGGUCAGACGUCCGCACGUCAAGUUUCAUCCUAGACGCCAGCGCUCGUUUCUCGCCUGGCGGAACGAUUUUACCUCCCACGGGUGUGCGCUUCCGCCGCUUGCCUUCAAGAUGGCGCUAAGCUCGCACUGCGCGCGAAACGCAUCUUCUUUGCGAUGGCGCCUCUUCGGAAGACUGCUGAUUACUGUCGUGUUGUUAACUGCCAUGACAGCAAUGUAAACACGAAAGGAUUGCUGCCACCAGUGAAAUUUUGGCGAUACCCAACAAAAUGGUGCGAGAAUGGCGCUCCGCCGAACAAAGUAAGUAAACUAAAUUAACAGUAAGUAAACUACUGACACACGCAGAAAUCUCGUUCAUUGAUCGCUUGUGAGUGUAUAAUGACAUUUUACAUGUUAUCCACAACAUGAAUUUCAUGAUUACUGGGUAUAUAAUCUUUUUUCUUCAAAUAAAAGCUUUCAAUCGCUAGACCAGACAGAGGUUGUCCUGCCUUCUUUCUCGUGCUUCGUUUGCGCUGCCCAAGAGUGGAAACAACUUCCAUUGCAUGCCCUAGCAGUUGUCGGAAAUCGCCGUGCCGAGAAACUGGAUAUUUGCACGAUACGUUGAACACGACCGGAGUUCAUUCCUGCAUCACCAUUGCACCGAUCCAGCGAGUUACAGGGAGAUAGACGCCCGUGAUUUGGUCGCGCCGGCAUUAAAAUUAAAUUAUUGUGUUUUACCUACGUGCCAAAGCCAAUAUCUGAUUAUGAGGCAGGCCGUAGUGGGGAUCCCAGAAUAAUCUGGGGGUCUUUAACGGGCACCUAAAUUUAAGUACACAGGUGCCUUCGCAUUUAGCCCCAUCGAAAUGCGGCUGCCGUGGCCGGGAUUCGAUCGCGCGACCUCUUGUCUGGGAGCCCAAUACCAUAGCAGCUAAGCAACGGUCGCGCCGGCAUUAGUGAAGCUGAAAUGAUUACUUAAGCCUUCAACUUCCGUCUCUUGACGACUGUUGAAAAAUUACCAAGCGAUUUACGCUGCCGCCGCUAUUCAAUAUUGUAGGGGACGUACUAGUUGUGUACUCAUAGUCAAGUGUUCGACGAAAGCUCGUCUGGCGAGGAAACAUGCAUAUUGGUGCCAAAAAAAAAAUGAAA